AUGGAGAGGUCUGUCGAACAAGUCAAGGCUGGACUGCUCAAGGCGCAUCUAACGCUUGCGUGUUGCUUGCGUGGCUUCUACAAGAGUCAAGAGUUUCUCUUCACAGGAAGCAGGGUGCAUGAUCGCCAAGGCCAGCAACGUUUGCUGCGCGAUAGUUUUUGUAGGCCACGCGCAGAUGCGCUUGCAUUGUUUCGCGAGGGCACGAGCACGGCAGCGAGAAAGAAGUCUUUGAGGCGCUUAGAUUGCUACCGUCGUCAGCUGCAUCGCCCAAGUCUCUUUGCAAGGCGCUGGCAGUUGGAGUGGCACCCGGACAAAAAUGCCAACAAGGAGGGCUUGCCACGUGUCAGUUCAGGACAUUUGCACAGCCUGCGCUUUUGCAGGCUGCCAAGGAAGUCUUCCAGUUCCUUCCUCAAGUCGAAGAGCUGCUUCUUGGGCCCAGGCUGA